CGUGUGAAUAAACCCCUCCCUAUUCUUCACAAGUAUUAUCGAUCAGGAGACUUCAUCAUGGCUAGCGUUAUUUCUCAGAUCUACAUGUUAUCCAAUUCGAUCACCUUUGAAAAAUACCCUUCUCAGGAACUCUUCGAUGACCACGUUUAUUUCAUUGAAAGCUGGACAUAUCACGCCUCCUUGGACCUUCUCUCUACAAGGGGCAGAUUUAUCCCUAAUUACAAGUGUGAUAGCCAGAACAAUCCAUUAGCAGCCAUUGGGGGACCUAACUCUAAAAUAUGUCUCUGCAUUGCAAACAUCCUGAAUAUAUAUAAGAUCCCACAGCUCAUCUACGGCUCUUCUCCAGGGAUAAAAGACCCAAGCCGAACUGUUUUCUUCCACCAGAUGUUUCCAAAUGGGGCCCAUCAGUAUAAGGGGAUUCUUCGGCUACUGCUGCAUUUCAAGUGGACGUGGAUUGGUGUGAUUUCUCAAAAUGACUAUUCAGAGGAAUUUGUGCAAAACAUACUCCCCGUGUUUUCAAAGAACGGAAUCUGUUUUGCUUUUGUAGAAAGUUUUCCCCAAAUAACUUUUUCUAGUGACAUCACUGUAAUGAUUUCAGAUAAAUUUGAAACAUUGAGCAUUGUCAUGGACAGCACAGCCAAUGCUGUGGUCUUACAUGGUGAGAUGCAGGCUAUGGUAAGUUUAAGAAUUCUGCUCCAGAUUCCAGAGUUUGAGGAACUGCCCGUGAAACAAACAGGUAAAGUCUGGAUUAUGACAGCCCAGAUGGAUUUCACAUCUCUUCCCUUUCAAAGAAGCUGGAACAUUGACUUCAUCCAUGGUGCCCUAUCCUUUGCUCUUCAUUCAAUAGAGGUGCCAGGAUUCCACACAUUUCUUCAUUCGAGAAACCCUGAUUUGGAUAAAGAUGAUGCCUUUAUCAGGGGCUUCUGGGAGCAGGCGUUUUCUUGUUCAUUUCCCAACUCUGAAACAGAAAAUAAAGCUGGCAAAAGCUGCACUGGAGACGAGAAGUUGGAGACUCUUCCUGGAUCUCUUUUUGAAAUGAGCAUGACUGGCCACAGCUACAGUGUCUACAAUGCUGUUUAUGCUGUGGCCUAUGCUUUGCAUAUAUCCAAAUUCCAAAGCAGAACAAAGGUGCAUGGAGACAGAAGGAAAUGCCUAAAUCAAGAUAUGUGGCAGCUCAAUAUGGUUCUGAGAAGCCUGUCAUUUAACAACAGUGUUGGAGAAAAGAUUUCAUUUAAUUCCAAUGGAGAAAUAGAAGCUGGAUUUGAUAUUAUCAACUGGGUCAUGUUCCCAAACCAGUCCUUUCUUAGAGUCAAGGUUGGCAAGGUUGACCCGACGGCUCCCCCAGACAAAUUGUUUGCCAUUUCUGAAGAUUCUUGCGUAUGGCCCAGAAGGUUCAAUCAGGCAAGGCCCCUCUCUGUGUGCAAUGGCAACUGCCAUUCCGGUCACAGUAGGAGAAAGAAAGAAGGGAAGCCUUUUUGCUGCUACGAUUGCCUUCCAUGCUCAAAAGGGAAGAUUUCAAAUCAGGAGGAUGUGGAGGACUGUUUCCCUUGUGCGGAAGAUCAUUAUCCAAACAAGAACCAGGACUUUUGCAUUCUGAAGUCUGUAAGCUUUUUGUCUUAUGAAGAACCUUUAGGCAUCAGUUUAGCCAUUGUUGCUCUUUCUUUGUCUUUCAUGACAGCUUCGGUGCUCUGGAUCUUCAUCAAGUACCACAACACUCCCAUAGUCAAAGCCAACAACCGGAGCCUUACCUACAUUCUCCUCCUCUCCCUCUUACUCUGUUUCCUUUGUGCUUUGCUAUUCAUUGGCCAACCUGAGAAGGUGACCUGUCUCCUUCGUCAAACCACUUUUGGUAUUAUCUUCUCAACAGCCGUUUCUUGCAUACUGGCCAAAACCAUCAUUGUUGUUUUAGCUUUCCUGGCCACCCAACCAGGCUCCUGGAUGAGGAGAUGGGUGGGGCAAAGGCUGGGGACUUCUAUUGUUCUUUUCUGUUUCCUUAUUCAAGUCAGCUUUUGUAUUUUGUGGCUUACAACUUCUCCUCCAUUCCCAGAGCUUGACAUGCACUCAGUGCCUGAAGAAAUCAUCCUGGCAUGUAACGAAGGGUCAACCAUUAUGUUUUACUGUGUCCUGGGAUUUAUGGGCUUCCUGGCCAUUAUCAGCUUCAUUGUGUCUUUUAUAGCCAGGAAACUACCGGACAGUUUUAAUGAAACCAAGUUCAUAACCAUCAGCAUGCUGGUGUUCUGUAGUGUUUGGGGGUCCUUUGUCCCAACCUAUCUGAGCACCAAAGGAAAAUACAUGGUGGCAGUGGAGAUUUUCUCUGUCUUAGCGUCCAGUGAUGGAUUACUGUUUUUCAUCUUUUUCCCUAAAUGCUAUGUUAUUAUGUUGAGGCCCAAGCUGAACAGUAGACAGCAGUUGAUAAGAAGACAGGUCUAA